ACUCCACAAUACCAGAAUCGGCCAUCAACGAACGAACGCAACCAAAAAUUACACACACACAGAUUCUCAAUUUUUGGCAUCAAUGGCGACAAACAGGCCCCAAAAACAGCAACAGCAGGACCAGCAAAAGAGCAAGCCGGAAAAGAGAAAGCCAAUUUUCAUAAAGGUCGAUCAGCUAAAGCCUGGAACCAACGGCCAUACCCUCACCGUCAAGGUCGUAAGCCAGAACGUUGUCCUCCAAAAGGGCCGGGCAGCUUCUCCUCAUCUCCGUCAAACGCGCAUCGCUGAAUGCCUUGUCGGUGACGAGACUGGCACCAUUCUCUUCACCGCUCGCAACGAUCAAGUGGAAUCAAUGAAUCCAGGGAACACUGUAAAUCUUCGAAAUGCAAAAAUCGAUAUGUUCAAGGGAUCGAUGAGGCUUGCUGUUGACAAAUGGGGUCGGAUUGAGGAUACCGAACCUGCUAAUUUUAUAGUUAAAGAAGAUAACAAUCUUUCAUUGGUGGAGUAUGAGUUGGUCAAUGUUGGUGAAGAAUGAAUUGAAUGAUUUUGAUCCAACCAAGAUCAUGUUGAGAGUGAAUAUGAAGUUCUUAUUUUUCUUAUCCCUUACUCUGUUGUUCACAAGGGCUGUGUUUGGCGAUUGGUUUAUCUUCCAUUUUAAUUAGUUCUAGUAGUGAGUGUAAUAGUUUAAAUCUUUUAAGAACAUUGCAAAUAUAUUUUUUCUUGUGAAUAAUUUUCAUUCAGGUUUUAAGUUAUCAUAAGUUCCAAUAAUAUGUAAACAAAGAAUUUCAAAUCUUGAUAGGUUGUUUAUAUAGAGCAAUGAUUCAAACAGCAA